AUAUUCACUCAACUCACAUGUUAACUGCAAUGUUGUGUUGGAGUCGGCGCCAUGUUACAUUAAAUUUAAAAAAAAACUUUCUGCUCUGUGUCUGCUGUGUCUUGUCUUUGGUUGUCUUUCGGUUAUUUGAAGCAGAACUCUCAGAAAUGAAUUUUUCUACCCUCUACAUUACCCUUUUGGCUUUUAGUUUCACCCAAGCAGAUUGGUGUAACGAUGACAAAAUUGUCAUUAACACUGAUGCCAAAGUUUGCGAAGUCAGUGAAAACUUUUUAAGUGUAGCAAUUGAUACUCAUUUUAUCUUCAAACGUAACUUAAAUAAUUUACUAAACAGUUUUGGUUUUAUGAACAUGCUCAAGGGCUUAAAACCUGCAUAUCUUCGAAUUGGAGGAACUGCGGCUGAUCUUGUUACAUUCGAUGAUAAGACGAAUGUCAACCGACAUGGCAUUGAUGAUUAUCAAUCAUCUCUAAUGAAUAGAAACAGCUGGGAUUAUGAUGACAGUAGUUGUCUGAAAAAGAGAUGGGAUGACCUGCAUUUGUCUCGUGAAAAAUGGCUGUCAAUCAACACUCUUGCUAGUGAAGCAGGAUUACACCUAUUAUUUGACCUGAAUGUUCUUAAACGUCUACCGUCUGGAAAAUGGGAUCCAGACAAUGCUAGCAGGUUGAUACGCUUUUCCCAAGUAAACAAUCUAACAUUGGAUUGGCAGCUUGGGAAUGAGCCCAACUCAUUUUGUCAUGUUUUUGGACAAGAAGUGACACCUAUUCAGCUUGCAAGAGACUAUGAUACUCUUUCAAUAAUUUUAAAAAAGUUUCCCAUUUACCAGAAAUCCAAACUUUUAGGUCCGGACAUUACUGCACCAAGAGGUCCUAAGAGAAGACAGUUGUCAACACUUACCUAUCUUGAUAAGUUUUUGUCUAAGGCCAAGAACAUAGUAUCUGCAGCAACAUGGCAUCAGUAUUACAUUAGUGGAAGAAAUGCAACUUUAGAGGAGUUCAUGAGCCCAUCUAUCAUGGAUGUUCUUAAUAGAGAAAUUGGAGAUAUUAAGGCUGUGGUUACCAAAAAUACUAACAACCGUUUCCCAAUAUGGAUAAGUGAAACUGCCUCUGCUUUUGGUGGUGGGGCUCCAGCAUUGUCAAAUCGUUUUGUUAGUGGUUUCAUGUGGCUUGAUAAGUUAGGCCUGGCUGCCUUAAACAAUAUAUCUGUUGUAGUGAGACAAUCAUUUAUUGGUGGCCACUAUGGUCUCCUGGAUGAGAAAACGUUGCAGCCAAAUACGGCUUUCUGGGUUUCAUACAUCUACAAGAAGAUUGUUGGAACAGGUGUUCUCAAAUUAAAAACAUCUUGUGAAAAUCCAUCUAUAAGAUUGUAUGCUCAUUGCCACAAAGAAAGUGGGCUUGAGAAAAAAUCUUUUGUGAUAUUUGGUAUGAACCUGGGGUUAUCAGAUUACAAGGGAGUUAUACAUGUAAAUAAUAAUACAUAUACUUCUGAAAAUUUUGAUGUGGAGAAAUAUAUAUUGAUGGCUGCUGAUGGCCAUCUUAAUUCAAGGGGUGUCAAAUUAAAUGGACUUGUACUAGAAUUGAGUAGUUCUCAGGAACUCCCUAUUCUGCAAGCUAUUCAGAUGAAAACUAAUUCUAUCAUUCUGCCACCAAAGUCACUAGGAUUUUUUGUUGUAAAAAAUAUAGAUAUGUCAGGUUGUGACUACCCUUUCUAAACAACUUUUCUCUUCACGAGACUCCCCAUUUUAGACCCCCUUCUUUAGGGUCCAUUCCCUAUUUUCUAGCAGAGCAGUAAGCACAGGCUUUUGACACAGUAUCAUUAAUUCAUUGUGUAACUCAUCAGCAGUGUGUGUUCCGGUGCAUUAGAAAGGGUUGACCUGCCGAUGUAGAGUGUCCACCCAUCCUCCCGACCUGCGCUUAAACCUGCAUGAGGCUCCUGUCUCCAAUGCUCACACCCAGGCUCGGCUUGGAGAGGUGGCCAGUUCCCUAGUGCUUAUGUGCCUAACAAAGACAACCGGUAAGCAAAGCCAAGCCGCUUUGCCAGAAUAGGCAAUGAACACUAACAAAUAUGGAUUGAAAAUAUGUUAACCUUUUUGAAAUAUCUAAUAAUACUUGCUUUACUACCCAAUAGACAGUUCCGGCUCUGCUUGUUUCGAGAAGAAGUAAGGGAAUAAGGACUGGAACCAGUGCGAGAAGUUUGCUGGUUUUUCUCAUUGGAAAGUGCAUCUCACAGAAAUGGCCUAGAGUAACUCCCUAACAUCAAGACUCAUUUGCAUUGGUUUUAGCGGUUUUAGCUGUUAUUUCAGAAGAACUAGUUUCGGACGUGAUAUGCUUAGUUCUUCUUUAAGUGGGCACAGCCGCACAGCCGGAAUCAUCUAUUUUAAUAAUCAGCCUCUUAAGAUCAAAUGAAAUAAUAGUUUUUUGUUUCUUUCAAACACCUACUUUUAUCUUUCUAAAAUACAGUGUAUAUUUACACAAAAACAGAAUGUUCAAAUAUUGUUCUUAGAGUUGGCCAAUUAAUUCUCUUAACCAUGAGCUGUCUUACUCUAAAACACAUAUACAGUAUAUAUUACUCAGGGGGGAUGCAACAAGUUAUGGGAAAGAGUCAGUAACUCUUGUCUACUCACUCCACAUUUCUUCUCGUAUGUAAUGUUGCUUGUCUGAGUUGGGGAAAAUAUUGUUUCUUGAAUCAGGAGGAUUCAGUUCAUUUUAGUUCAGGCACAUUGCACAAUGGCACUCUGGCAUUUAGACCCAAGACCAUAGUUAUUAAACUUCAACUUUAAGGCCAUAUUCAUCAUUUGGGUUAAAAUUCCCCCCCAAAGUAAAGGACAAGAAGAAGUCUAUCUUGCCAACAUCAAAACAUAAUCAAAAUUUUAUAUAAAACAAAAUGGUUUAUUUAUUUAGAUCAAAAUAUUGAAAGAAAACUCUGCGCUUCCUCCCUGCUUAUUGAAGUAUUGGUGGACUUAAAAGUAAGAUAUGCCGGCCCAGAUGAACUCAAGAUGUUUUUACCGUUAAGUUGUUGACCCAGCAGAAAAAGAAGAAAAAAUGUAAAAGAAAGAAACUACUGCAAUUUAAUAACUUUGUGCAUGCUUUUGUUAAUUAUAUUGUGUUGUGUAAUGUCAAUAAAUUGAACACAGUCAAAAAACCA